UGCACCUUGACGCUUUGAUUGCUGGGCUUCGCUUCCCUCUUCAUUCGUUCAUCGUGGAGUUCUUACGCCGGGUUUCUGUACUACCCGCUCAGUUCGUGCCCAGUACCUACCGCAUUCCUACAGGCUUCAUAAUUCGAUGCCACGAGUUGAGGAUCGCUCCAAGUGUCGACUUAUUCCUCCAUCACUACUGCUAUCAGCCUUAUUGGACGACCGGGUACCUGAAGCUGGUAGCUCAUUCUGAUCGCCAGUUGCUUACAUAUAAUCCUACCCCGCCGGCUGAUUGGGAGGAGCGUUUUCUGUUUGUUCGGGUAGGUGAUUCUCUGCCAAUUCCGGAUAAGUGGAACGCCUAUCCCGUUCGGGAUUCUCAGCCUAGAGUAGAUGUCGUUCUACGCUCCCAAGCUGAAUCUUUGCGGAUGGGAGGAACCCGAAGUCUUCGGGGUUUUAUUACCACUUCUAACAUGCUAUCUGCCGGAAUUGGUGUGAUAUCCCCCAUACCCGUCCGGCGUUCUAUAUCUGCCGCUACUCUGACGGCUUCUUCUGGAAAAGGCAAGGAGAAAAUGAUUGCCGAUCAUGCCUCUGCGGAGCAAAUCCGAAAGAAACGCAAGGGGAAUGACGGUAACAUAUUGUUCCCGGUCGACCACGUGGUUGAUUUGACCGGGUCGGAAGCUGAACCCAAAAAAUCUAUGCCUGCCAAAACAACAACUCCAGCUCUUUCUGACGCGCCGAUCGAUGAUCGGAUGUUUGUUGAGUUUUCGAACAUGGGACCUAGAUCAAAAGGGAGAUACUUGUUCGGGCUGAUGCCAUCCUCCAUAUGGUGUCAUACCGCGAUUAAGGUUCCCCCCAGUUUCACGAACUUGACCCACUGGUCAGAUCUUUUUGAAGCAGGUCAUCAAGAAGCACUCAAGGCCGGUGUAUACUAUCAUAAGGCCUUUCUUGCGGCCGAAAAGGAAAUGAAGGCCCUGGCCAGCGAUCGGGAUGACAACCAGGUCCUUCUUUCUGCCGCUCGGAAAUUAGCGGCUGAUCUACAAGAACGGGCCAAGGAAGGUGAGAAGGCAAAAGCUGCUCUGGCUGAAAUGCAAGAAAAAUCCCGACAUCGCGACCGGGAGAUUAAAGAACUUCGGGCCAAGGUGCGGGCUGUUGAAUCCGCCGAGAUCAAAUUUGAUAAAGCCGUAAGUGACCAUCUGCCCGAACCUUAUACGGUCAACACUUCUCAGAUCGCAAAUCAAUCAACAGUUGAUUAUCAACGAGGCAAAGGGCUGAACGUCGCUCUGGAGAACACAACCCGACAAUUCCUGGGACCUCAUCUUGGCCAAUUCUUACGCGAAAGCGAGGAUCCCAUCAAGGCAGGGAUUGAUCUCCUGGACAGCACGCCGGAAGGGAAAUCUUUCUUGGAUGUCCUGACCGAGAAAACUGUGACGCAAAGUCAGGAUCUGCUUUUGGAUAGGAACCUUGAUUUGAUCCUAGAACAUUUCCCCAAGCCGUUCGACCCUGAUGAAUUAGGCUUUGACGAUCUGUUCGGGAACACAUACGACCGGAUCAUGGAGAAAAGGUCAAAA